UUUGCUUUUCCCUAUUGUAUAUUCAACAAUAUUGAUUGCCAUUGAGAAGGUGAAAAUGUGAACCAAAAAGUUGCUUCAAUUCAAUUUAAACCCAAAAUAUAGCAAUACAUCUUAUAAUGAACAACAGUUGUAGGUAUAAAUUAUGUUUGAUAACAAAUAGAGAAUCUAGUUACAAUGUUUACGAUACAUUCAAAUCGAACCAUCAGCAAAUUACUUGAUCAGAUGUUUUUCAAUUGUUCAUCGAUUCCUUUUAUAAUGACCAUUUCAUCGUGAUUCCUUCUGUCAUUACCGUUUGUUCAAUCGUGUUCCAGUUAUUUUACAUAUUUCAUGUCGAUAAACACAUCGAUUGGAAAUGAAUCUUUUGAUUCCAUUUAGAGUUGAAAGAAAAAUGAUUUGCCUCAAAAGCAUUUUUGGCGAUGAAAACAUUAGCUUUACACGGAUCUCGGUUAUUCGAGUUUUCAACAUUCUCCUUUUAUUCACCUUCAUCACCAUUUUAAUCAGUACCCUGUCCAUUGACCUGUCAAUUUGGACGCAUUUCAAGUUAUCCAACCUUAUUGGUUCCCUCAGCAGAUCUGCAACUCAGAUCGAUCCAUUUGCCAGAUAUAACACUAAUCAAGAUGGACCUCAAUCUAGUCGAAGGUACAAAUAUUCAUCUCAACUCAACCUGUUAUCCUGGUCGACUACAGAGAAACCUUGGUUCAUGAUUAAUGGUACAAUAACUCCCAACCCAAGUGACCCUUUUUCAUCUCGUUUACCCAUUUUCCCUGAAGAAGAUGAACCAUGGAACGAUCGGAUUGUUAAUCAGCUAAUGUACAUCCCAGCAAACUACAACUCAUCUAAACUGAUGGAAGAAGGUGCUUUAAAGAAGAUAUUGUUGCUCGAUAAAGGUUCAUGGGGACGAUCAAUGCCUUCUGGUCAAAAUGUUUUCCUCCAAGAUUCUUGUCCUGUAAAUACAUGUGAAAUUACAUUUGAUAAUAAACAUGCAACAACCGCUGAUGCCAUUAUAUUCAAGGAUCAUUAUGCUAAACCUAAACAUGUUAAACCACCAAAUCAAAUUUGGAUACUUUAUAUUCUUGAAAGUCCUCUGCAUACACCUUCAUUUCGAAGUCUAAAUGAUGUCAUCAAUUGGACUGCAUCUUAUCGCCAUGAUUCUGAUAUUGUUACACCUUAUGAAAAGUUUGUUUACUACGACUCUGAUGUUAAAGCUCAUUCACAAUCAACCAACUAUGCUAAAGGUAAAACGAAAAAAGUUGCCUGGUUUGUAUCAAACUGUUCAGCUCGAAACAAGCGACUCCAAUAUGCCCGGUCAUUAGCUGAAUAUAUUCAAGUGGACAUUUUCGGAAGAUGUGGAUCUCUGAAAUGUUCACGAACCAAAGCGGAUGAAUGCUUCAGUAAACUUGAUAAGGAAUACAAGUUUUAUCUUUCCUUUGAAAAUUCAAAUUGUCGUGAUUAUAUUACGGAGAAAUUUUACUCGAAUGGUUUAAAUCAUUCGGUUAUACCCAUAACAAUGGGUGCUCAUCCAGAAGACUAUAAACGUUCAGCGCCUGCCAAUUCAUUUAUUCAUGUUGACGAUUUUCCCUCACCUCACCAAUUGGCUCAAUAUCUUGACCAACUGGAUGCAAAUGAUACUCUUUUUAAUCAAUACUUCACAUGGAAAGGAUCAGGAGAGUUUAUCAAUACCUAUUUUUGGUGUCGACUGUGUGCUAUGUUACAUGCACCCAUCAAACCCAAGAAUUAUGAUAAUCUAGCCAACUGGUGGUAUCCAUCGUCUAUUUGUAAUUCAAAUGAUUGGCUUUAAUUGUUGAGAUUAUCACAAUUUAGUGAGAUUAUUAAUGUUAAAACAACGAAAUGCGCAACGGACCAGAAAGUCGUUUGCUUGAAAAUGUAUUAAAUUUUUUACAGCUUGAAUCAAGUUACUCUAUCAUGUUAAUCAUUUGGUUAUAAACUAUUGAAUAAAGGAGGAAGGCCAAAACUGCCUAAGAAAGGAAUUUUUUUGUUAUGAACACAUCA